AAACACUAAUUUGAAAAGGUAUUCACAGCAUCAGUGUCUACAAUAGCCAAGAUAUGUAAGCAACCUAAGUGUCCAUCAACAGGUGAAUGGAUAAACAAGAUGUGGUAUAGAUAUUUACAAUGGAAUACUACUCAGCCACAAAAAGGAAUGAAAUUUUGCCAUUUGCAACAAAAUGGAUGGACGUGUAGUUAUUAUGCUUAGUGAAAUAAGUCAGACAGAGAAAGACAAAUAGUGUAUGUUAUCACAUAUAUGUGGAAUCUAAAAAAUAAAACUAGUGAAUAUAACAAAACAGAAACAGACUCACAGAUAUAGAGAACAAACUAGUGGUUACCAGUGGGGAGAGGGAAGGGGGGAAGGGCAAGACAGGGGUAGGGGGUUAAGAGGUGCAAACUACUAUGUUUAAAAUAAAUAAGCUACAGGAUAUAUUGUAAAGCACAGGCAAUAUAGCCAAUAUUUUAUAAUAACUUUAAAUGAAGUAAAUCUUUAAAAAUUAUAAAUCACUCUGAAGCUACCGGAAGUAAAUAUAAUAUUGUAAAUCAACUAUAUUUCCAUUUUAAAAAGUAGGAGGGAGGAGAGUAAUUCCCAGGACAAUAAGAAGAGCAAAUGUUUGGUAAUUUUUAAAACUUAAAUUUAGGUCAGCCGGCGGUCGAGUUAGGCCUAAGCAGCACCUGGGGCCCCUCGCACUGUCCUCUGCGGGGGAAUCUCCAUAGAGACGGUGACAUACACAGAGGCGGGGGUCCGCGGGAGGCUGCCAGACCGGAGCCAGGUCCUCGGCCUCUGUCGCCGCCACCCCCUUCCCUGCCGCCAGCGCUCGUUCUCUCUCCGCUCCUGCUCGCAGCCCCGCGAUUCCCGGUGUGCCUGUGCCCCGCUGUGUGGGCGGCGCGUGCGUACUUUUGGGCUGCGGCCGGGCGCGCGGGGGCUUUAAGGCCGUCUCUGCCUCUCCCGCCCCGGACGGGGAAGCCGCGGAGGCUCACGCCAUGGCCUCGGGAGCUGGAGGCAUAGGAGGGGGCGCUGGCGGCAAGAUCCGGACUCGGCGUUGCCACCAGGGGCCAGUUAAACCUUACCAGCAGGGGCGACAGCAGCAGCAGCAGGGCAUUCUCAGCAGGGUCACAGAAUCUGUUAAGAAUAUUGUGCCCGGAUGGCUACAAAGAUACUUCCACAAGAAUGAAGGUGUAUGUAGCUGCACAACAGGCACCAGAGAGGUGGCACAGUGGCCGGAAAAUAGGGAAGAUGACCAUAUAAUACAUGCUGGUGAGGAGAACCCUCACAUGCAUGAUGGGAGAAUCCCUCCUGAGCCACCAGUCAGUAAUACAGAAGGACCCUCAACGACUAGUACUGCUUCAAAUUAUCCAGAUGUAUUAACAAGGCCUUCUCUUCACCGGAGCCAUCUGAAUUUCUCCAUGUUGGGAUCUCCUGCAGUACACUGUCAGCCCUCCACAUCUUCGGCAUUCCCAACUGGCAGUUCUGGAUUCUCCCUCGCAAAGGAAAUUAAAGAUGCUACCUCUCAGCAUGAUGAUGGUAACAUCUCAACCACCAGCGGUUUUUCUUCAAGAGCUUCUGAUAAAGAUAUAGCUCUUUCAAAGAACACUUCAGUGCCACCUCUGUGUUCUCAUUCGCUCUCACAGCACACUGCCACCAGCUCAAAAAAACCAGCAUUCAAUUUGUCUGUCUUUGGAACACUUUCUCCUUCACUUGGGAAUUCUUCAGUUCUUAAAACAAGUCAGCUUGGACAUUCUCCUUUUUACCCUGGAAAAACGACAUACGGUGGGGCAGCAGCUGCUGUAAGACAGUCUAAACUACAAAACACACCCUACCAGGCACCAGUCACAAGACAGAUGAAAGCUAAGCAACUGAACACACAAUCCAAUGGUGUGACUAGUUUAACAGCUCGGAGGAUACUGCAGUCUUUAGAGAAGAUGUCAAGCCCUCUACUGGAUGCAAAAAGAAUUCCGUCUGUUUUUUCCUCUCCUCUGAAUUCCCCUCUUGAUAGGAGUGGGACAGACACCACCACAGAUUUUCAGGCCAGAAGGGAAAAGGUGGACUCUCAACCACCCCCUGUUCAGAGACUCAUGAUUCCGAAGCCAGUUUCCAGAGCAGCAAAUCGAGCAGUUUACUUUAAACCAGCUCGGACCCCGUCUGGUGAAUUAAGGAGGACUAGUCAAAGAAUAGGUAAAAAGCGCAGUACUGGAUAAGAAAACAGCAUGACACCAGGGCAAAGUAGAGAACAACGAGAAAGCGGCUCUUCUUACCCAGAUUGCAGUGUGUCUGCAGCCAAUGGUUUGUCUUCCGGAGGAGGUGGUGGAGGUGGGAAGAUGAGGCGAGAGAGGACGCGCUUUGUGGCAUCUGAACCUCAAGAGGAGGAGGAAACGGAAGUCCCGGUAUUACCGAAAAACUCUCUACCCAUCACCGGUUCUUCAGUGCCUACCUUCAGUUUUAGUUCUUCUGUGAUCACAACUUCCUCUCCAUCACCCACUAGUCCUUCACAAUCAUUAACAAACCAGGUACAAAUGACCUCUCCAAACAGCACUGGCAGCCCCUUGUUCAGAUUUUCAUGUCCAAUCAUAAAAUCUACUGAGGCAGAUGUACUAUACCUCCCUCAUAUAUCCUGUUACAAUUAGGACUAAUCUAAGUCAUACUGAAUUUAGUUAACAUGUCUCUUGAAUUGACUUUAAUCUAGAAAAGUUGC